UAUUUUUAUUUACUAUGAAUUUUUAAACAAAUGUGAAGAAAUGGCUAUUAAUUUUUAUAUUAAUAAUCUUUAAGUAUAAUGGCGUCGACUACCGGAGUUAGAAAUUCCGAAAAUAAUGAUGUUUCUUCAGAUGAUGAAGUUUUAUCAGUGAUCAAAAGUAAAGUCAAGAAGAAAACCAAUAAAAGGAAAAGACCUCCAAGAAAAACUUAUAUUAAUGAUGAUGACGAUGAAGAUGACGAUGAUGAAAUUAUGCCGCAUGUGUUCGUCGAUGUGAGGGUCGAAGAAGUAGAUGACGGUCCUUUAGAUUUUAGUGGGUAUCGUAAAGAAAAUAUCUCCACAUCUCAAACAAAAGCACAAAAGAAAUGUAGGAAACGCAACAUAGUCAAUCCAAAAAAGAAGAGAAGAUUGUAUGAAUGUCCACAGUGUGAUGCUGUGUUUGAACAAAAUGCAGAUCUCAAGGAUCAUUCCAAAGAACACCAGGUUGUUACCAGACACAAAUGUGAGCCGUGUGGACGGUACUUUAACAAGGCAUUCAGCUUGCGACUGCACAGCCGCGUGCACAUGGAGAAGGUGGAGAUAUGUCCCAUCUGCGGUGCUGCUUACACUCUCAGGAUCAAUAUGCUGAGACAUUUAAACACUCACGAAGCAACACUACCAUGUUCUUUGUGCCCAAUGAAGCUACAUACAAAGGAGCUGUUGGAAGAACAUUUGAUUGCCCAUGAAACAAACAAUACAGAAGUGUUACUACAGAAUGCCAAACUUGAAAGUAAAGCAAAAUUAAAAGCGAAAAGUAAGCUAGCUCAGGCCACAACACCAAACAAUAUAUCUAUGCAAAACUCCAUAAAACUAGAAGUAGAAUCAGAGGACAAUGAAACGAGCGACGUUUUCAACACUUCCAACAAGUAUGAGGUGUAUUUGAAGAGAGAGGAGCUGAGCCAUGCAACGCAGUGCGCCGUCGUCAGCAAGAUGCACAAGGGCCGGCCCGUGCCCGAUAUCUGCAGGCUCUACAGCCUCACGCCCGAAGUCGUCAACGAGAUCUGGGAGGACCGCGACAAGUACACGCUGCCCAAGAAAGCUGGCAAGAAAUACAUGAACAGCAUCUUGGAUUCCAGAAUAGUCGAGUGGUUCCACAGCCAGAGGGCGAAAGACGUCCAAGUCUCCGGCAAAAUGCUGCAGGACAUCGCGGAGUCCUUCGCCAAGGAGAGCGGCUUCGUCGCCUUCAACGGCAGCAAGAAGUGGCUGGAUCGCUUCAAGGCCAAGUACAAAAUAUCGCUGAGGGGCACCCCGCCCAAGAGAGACUACACGAAUAUUGCAUUCGGAUGCAAGUGGAAAAACCUGUUCUUCAAGGAGACCUGGUGCGACGUCCGCCUCGGUUUCGCCGACGACGAUAUUUACACCGCAGACGAGAUCGGCUUCUACUACAAUCCUUCCAAAGGGCGGAUAAAGAAGAUGUCCGGAAAGAAAUUCAUCCAGGGGUACGUGAAGGACCGCCUGGCGAUAUUCGUGUGCGCCAACGCGAGCGGCAGCGAUAAGCGGCGGCUGGUGGUCUGCGGCACCGAGGACCCCCUGGUGCACUCCCACCGCCACCCCGACACCCUGCCAGUCACCUACAUACGCCACGCGCAGGCGCACUUCACCACGCAGAUGUUCGAAGAGUACGUCAAGUACUGGAACAGGGAGCUGCAGGCCGCCGGCAGGAAGGCCAUCCUCGUCCUGGACAGGGCCACCGUACAUUCCAAGUUGGUGCUCUCCAACCUGAAGAUGGUUUUCGUCCCGUGGAAGGCCUCCUCGGGCCUCAUCCCCGUGAGGAACGGCAUCUUCGGCAGGUUCCGCGACGAGUUCCGCCGCCUCAUCCUAAUCGAGAAGAGCAUGAAUGCGGUGCGCGGCGUGGACCGCAACCUGACCUGCCUGGAGGCGCUCAACCUGGUGCAGAAGGCCUGGGAGCGGCUGCCCCCCCACGUCGUCAACGACGGCUUCGUGUCCACCGGGUACGACGUGCAGCGUGCGCCCGAGCCCCGGCCGCAGCCUCCGCAGCCGGGCCGCGCGCCCGCUGACGAGCACGCGCUGUGCCGGCUGCUGCGCGACUACGACGUGCAGCCCUACUACGCGGACCUCGCGCACCUCGACAUGUACCUCACCGUGGACGAGGAGCUGCUCACUGGCCAAGGCACCAACGGCUCCGUCUUCGGCGGCAACCAUAAGGCCGUCGACCCCGCGGCGCGGGAGCGCGAGCGCGAGGAGCUGCUGCCCAUCGGCACGGAGCGCCCGCCCUGCCCCGCCGCGGAGCGCCUGCUGGCCCGCGCCCGAGCCCGCGCCGACCUCCACAUCGUCAGGACCUUCCUGCAAACCUCCGACACCCCCUUCGCCGCCUACCGCCACUUUCUCGCCAUUGAAACAUUCCUUCUGAGAAAUCCUUUCGACGAGGAGUCCUAGCGGAGCGCGGCCCGGCUCCGCACCAGCCUCGGAUACGUGCAGAUGAUAAAUGUCUGGUGGCAUUCUUAAUUUAGGGGUAUACAAAUAUUUUCAAUUAGUCCCAAAUGAAUUUGUUUGUCAUUUUUACAUUUUGUAAUAUAGAUGUAACAAAAAUAUCGUUAUGAGAUUUAUAAAUGUUUUAUAAUGCACGUCAGGAUUCAAAAUGAUUAAACAAUGUGGUAGCGGAGGCAGGGAGCGGCUGUCAGUGCAGUGUCUGAUAAACAACGGACUGUGUGCAGUGUUCAUUGUGUUGUGGUUCACCUUGUGUGACAGUGUGCGCGACACGCGGUGUUGCUCGAUUUGUUUGUUGAUAGCUAAAAAUCAACAUUUUAUUUUUAUGUAACUUUUUCGAUCAUUCGAUUAUACAACGAUUGUUUAAAAUUAUAUUUGUGAAGCAAUAUCGUGAUGUAGUGCUUUGGUGCCGUGACAUUUUGUUGGAAACAUAACAAUGUGACUGCAGUAUUUUAUAAGCAAAAAUGAAGCAAUAUCAAGAAGGUUAGGAGCAUCGUCCACAGCUGUUAUAUGUGUUCUAUUGAACAUACAAAUAUUUACAUGUAUUAUAUGUUUAUCUAUAUUGUAAAUUAACGACACAUUUUUUGUUUGUUGACGUAAUGACGCCUGUUAAGUUUGUGUUAAUAUUUUUAAUGAAAGUAAUUUUACACAUAAAAUAAUUUUUUAAAUUUCCUUAGAUAAUAUGCCUCAUACUAAAAUGAGCACUUUAAUUUGUUGUCAAAUUAUUAAAACUCUCGUAGAUCAAUAAUAUAAAGUAAUCAACUAGGGCUCACACUUCACAUAAGUCAGUCUGCAGUCGGCGCAGACUUGUGCCUCCUGUUGUGCAUAACAAGUGAGUCAAACUUUUUUAAUUACUUUAUAAUUUUGAUGUGUAAAAUAUAUUAGUAGUGAUUUAAUUAAUAAAAUAAUUUAAUAGUUUGUUGUGAUAGUUCAAAUUUUCUUAGUAAUAUAAAAUAAAAGAGAUAAUGUUAUAAGAGAAAGCUUCACCUAGUCGCUGUACAAGGCAGAGGCAACGUCGCGGCUUUGCGACAUGCGCGGGGAAUGUCUUUUGGUUAUCUUUAGGUUUAAUAAGAGUAAAUUUACAUUUCAAAUAAACCAUUUAGAAA